CGUCGCAAUAUCCUUGAUCUUACUGCCUACGCAUGACUGCAGCUAAGCACAUACACACACACACACCCACACGCACACCCAGUCAUGCAGGGACACGCAUACACCCAUUCGAGUUGACCCUGUUCAGUGUCAGACACGAAAGGGAAAAAUCAAUUGUCGCUGCACACGCAGUGACUCUCAAACUGUUGCCGACUCGCUUCGACUUUGAAAGUUGCACGAGCUAGACGAAGGUUGCCAACUUUCGCCACGCACUAUUGUGACGUCACACGGCCGUUGCGGCGGACUGAUUCGCAACUGAUUCGCAAUGCCCGAUUCGAGUCAUCUACCAAAUCAUCUGAUUAUGUUUUAUUGAAAGCAUUUACAGUUGUUAUUCACGCGCUUACGUCGUGAUUAAAUGAAGUUAUUUACGUUUUAUCGUAAUUUUUACUGAUGCAUUGCAAAGUGUCGGAUUACGGUCUAGAAUUUCAACACAGAUAUGUUUAUGGCUGCAUUGCAGAGGUUUUAGUCAUGAUGAUUACUGUAUUUAAUUAAAAGCAUACUUUUAGAUAUAUAAUUAUAUAUGUACAUAUGUAUAUUAUAUGCGCCAUUUACAUUGACCUUGCACAUGCAUAAGUUAUUAGCAUUUGGAAGUUUUCCAUUUCAAUGCUUUCCUGUUUUUCUAGCCCUAACUGUAAACAUUCGCUUUGUUUACUGUUUGCUUAACAAUAUCAGUCCAGUUAUCUCUGACAGACAAGUCCAACUCAACUGAGUACAUUUUGGCCUGACUUGACUCCCAUUGUGAAAGAGUAAAACGAAAGCAAAAUCUUUUUUUAGCGACGCUUGAUUGUAUUUGCUUGUAUAGCUGUUUUGUUUCUUCUGCAAGCAAAUAGUUUUCUGUAUAUCGAAAUUCAGUUUAUAAACCAUUCGCCCAAGCAACUUCUGUUCUCUGAAAUCAAAUAUCUUUUGGAGCAGCUGCCACAAUUGACAUGUUUUGAAAAGUGAACCACAUUUAUUAGGAAAUAAAUUUUUGAUGUAUAAUGUUUUCGGAUCAACAACAAUUGGUGGACAUGUGGUCACCGCUGCCCAUCUCAUGGGAGUCCAGUGCGAUUACAAGGCGAUGCAGUCAGAUAAUGAAAGGGAAGUGAGGAGAUCUAUUGUCCGAUAUAAUCCCCUGAGCGAGGAGUCGGAGUGUGGCGAAGGCAGCGAAUGGCCGGAUGGUAUCGAGGCAGAAUCCCCUCAGCCCCCCGUGUGCCUGCCCGAGAAACCAUACAACAGCCUGGAAGAGCGUUCACUGCACUCGCUGGGCUACGCAUCGCUCGACGAGUGGCCCGAGACGGAGGGAACGCAAAUGAGAGUUGAUAAGCCGCCGCUCUACGAUUUGCUGAUGACGCUCGUGAGAAAGCAUCUAAAAACAAAUACCACGAUUACCAUAGGCGAGAGCUGCCUGCACGCUCACCUCAUCGUGCUGCAGUGCUACUCGGGUCUCUUCUGCGAUAUCGGCAGCAACACGCUGAACGUGGAUCUGCCCGCAGAUUGGGUGACGCCGCGUGCCUUGCGCCUCAUAUACGAGUGGAUGAUUGUGGAUGGGCCGCUGUUAUCGCGACUCGGCUUGCUGGAGGUGCUACGUGCCGCCAGCUUUCUGCGGAUAGUGCAGCUGGAGAGGCAGUGCGAUCAUUGCCUGGCGCACGCCAUCACCGAGGAGUCGGCGGUGAUGCUCUAUCUGGAGGCACGACUCUUGCGCAUGGAACGUGCCCAUCGCUCGCAGCUGCAGCGUGUGGGUCGCUUCUUCCUGACUCUUGUCGCCUCGCAGGAGUUCCUGCAGCUGCCCCUGCGCGCCCUUCUGCUACUCCUAAGCUCGAACGGCAUUUGUGUCAACUCCGAGCUGGAGGUCUUCAUGUCCGCCGUGCGCUGGCUCAACUUCGAUUGGCCCAAGCGACGACUGAAUGUCACUCAGUUGAUUGCCUGCGUACGCUUUGCUCUGGUGCCGCCCUGGCUGCUCAUCCGCCUGCACGAUCGGCAGUGCCAGUACGUUGAGCUAAAGCGCAUUAUCUCGCUGCCGGAAGUGCUGCAGCGCCUGCACGACGGCAUUGGCUAUACAACGACCCGGCUCUGCUAUGGCGCCGAUCGGGAUGCCUUUCUGCAGCAUCUGGAACGCACUGGCAUGCAGCCCCCACAGCAGCGCAGCUGGAUCUAUGACGGCCAGUGCUGCUAUCAUCAUCGACUGCACUGUCACAUCGCCGAAGAGUUCACCUACGACACCUUCCUCAACUACCUCAACUGGCUGCAGACGCAGCAUAUGAACUACUGGCAAACCCUGGAGCCAGUCGACGCCUCAGAGUUGUGCCUCAGCUGCCAAAAAGAGCAAACAAAGAGCAUCCAGAGUUAAGAUUCACUUAUUCUAUUUUUGAUUCGUGCUUUGCAAAUAUAUAUACAGAUAUUUGUUCUGUGAAAAAACGCCUAUGCCUCAUAUAACAUCUCCGAAGAGGUGCAGUCUAGAGACCAUACUAAUGUUUACACUAUGAGAAAUCUCUUCCUAACGGAAUGAUAUUCUCUCUGGGCAAGCUUAGCCAAGGCAGUAUGUGCUUAUGUUCUAUAGGUCGUUAGAUAAUCACUGUUGUAAGUUAUUGACUAAGUACAAGUGUUUAUAAUAAUAAUGUCCCUAAAUGUCUUACACACUUUUUUCAUAAUUCUUAACAUAAGCACUCUGAUAAACUCACUUCAAUGAACUCCCAUCGCCCCUCAUUCCUCAACUUAUCUACUAUCCAUAGUUAUAUAUUCC